CUCGCUCUACCUCGACACAGUAGAAGGAAGUCUCCGGGUCUUUGGGGGCAGAAUCAGAAUCAGAACGCUGUAAUAUACCAUUGUUUUAUUCCGGGCUACUCGCGUUGCCUUCGGCUCCUUUAUCUUAAUUUCAAGUCAUUUGCAUUCUCACCGAUCGUCCAUGGUAUCCGAUUCCGGAGGAAAUCAAGCCUCAGCCUGUGAGUAGAUUCCUGGACUAGUUUGCCUCCUUUGGCGUUUUUAUACAACAUGGCCAACACCCCUCGCAGAGAGUUCCAAAUUGCAACUCCCACGCAGAAUCGGGCGUCGUGCAUGCGGGCUGAGAAAUCCAAGUUCUCGCUUCUGACGGCUUCCGGAUCCAGGAAUCAGGUUGGGGCCUGGAAGAGACAGACAAAGUCUAAAGAAUGGAGGGAAUGAGCGAGUAAUCGGGUCGGGCAUUGAGAUGAGCAGUAUGCAGUCGCAAAGACCAAGCCAGCCAGCUAAUGGCGAUGAGGAUGGCAUCGGAAUCCUGAUCCUAUGAGCCCUACUAAACUAGAUACUGAUGGCUAAUCAUUGAACAAAUUGUAAAGAAAGCAUGUAACGCAAUUCGUGUCCAUAAACAAAGCCCAGAUGAGCUUUUCUAUCUCGCGAAAUGAACCUUCGUCUAUCCGGAAUGAGCGUCAAUUGAGACAGAAUCAAACAUUGUCAUCAGCUCCGAGGCUCUGUGUUCUAGAGCCAAUCUAGCAUAUCCCGGAGCCAUGAAGUCAUCUACUGGCGAUAGUCGAUACUGACCUCUCUCCGUACUGUAGGAUAUUUCUAUCCCAAAGGACGCUCCAGGGAUGCCUCCAGGCUCGAAGGUCUCGGCAGUCUACACUCUAGAAGCGCAACCGGUGGCUGCUCGCAUUCUUCCGCGACCCCCACCCUUGACAAAAAGUUGUGAGUGCCAGAGGAGGGAGAAUCUGCCACGAGGCCGGGGGAGGGAAGGAGGCAAGGAGGGAUGGUCCCGAAUGCAUGGCGUGCGUAACACGAAGUGCAGAAGAGCGAGGGCGAGGGUGGGGGGGAUUGCACGAUGUUUCACGUCGGGUCAUCACGUCAAUCCAUGAAGACCAGACAUGUACGAAAGAAAUCACAAAGUUCGGAUGGAAAAUCCUCCGGUGCCCUGCCCUCAACAGCGCUCGCCGAUCCUGCUGGCCGAAUCUGCAAAGGACCGUCCGUCGCUGUCUCCAUGUCUCGCGCCCUCGACUUGUGAAAGGUCAGUGCAUGAUCCAUCCGUCACUUCUCGCGCAUGGCAGCUCGAGGCAUUGCUGAUGGACACUGCUCGCUGCUACUUGUGAUCCCUGAGUACUUACGCCUGCGCUUCAGCAAAGUGAACGACGGGGUUGCUCAGGCGCCCGCCGCCAUGGGGUUCACAAAUUGCCAGAUGCCCCUCCCGCACGCACUCACGGCACGGCGCACACACGACGCUGCACAGCUCCGUUGAACCAUGCUCUCGGAAACUCAAAACUUCCUUCACUCUCUUCACCCAGUGACGUCCUUUUGCCAUGACAGACGCCCUCGUAGCGCUUUUCAACAAAGCAGCUCCAAAACUGCAGGAAAC